AUGGGGGGCACAGGCUCCGCAAUCGCGCAGUGCUUGGUGUCGGUCGCGCUCGUGGUGGCCGGCGCCGUCGUUGCAGCGUCAUCGUUCGGGGCCGCGUCUGUCGUCGCCGGUGGCCUCAUCUCGGCUGGCGUGAGUGGUGCGACAACGACCAUCACCAACUGCGUGCAGGGCAAACCGGCAUCAUGGAAAGAGUGGGGCGAGAGUACCGCCAUCGGCGCCGUCACCGGGUUGGUCGGCGGCGCGCUGUGCGCGGGUGUCGGCGGGCUCGCCCAGGGGGUCGCGCAGGGCGUCAAGAUGGCUGCGUGGAAGGCGAUCGCGACCAAGGGCGUCGGAAUGGUGGCUGGCUCCACCCUUUCGUCCGUGACGUGCAACACCAUCACUAACGUGUGGAAUGACCGCAAGCCGUUUGAAGGUGUGGGCGUCGCUGCGGCUGUGGGCGCCGUCGGCGGUCUGUUUGCUUGCGCCGGCGCGGCAACUUUCGACUCGCUCAAGCGCAGCGCUGCGAGUUGGGUCGUAACGCGCCACGGCCUUGGCGUCGGCAUCGACACGGCAUCGUCGGUCGUGGGCGGCGUCACUGGUGCCUGGCUUACCGGAGCCGACAUGAAGCAAGCCGCGCUAAUGGGCCUCGCGACGGGGGCUGCUGUUGGUACGUUCACGACGGCGAUGCGGUGCAGCUCCAAGAAGUACGUCAGACGCAGGCAGCGGAUCGAGCGCGAACGGCGCGCAGUCGUCGAGGAAAUCCGUCACGUGGACGGCGUCGACUUCGCGUUCGAGCAGGCCACCGAGCGCAAUGAUCCGCGCGGCCAUCGCGACGUGGACCAUGUCGAUCGCCACCACAGCAAACUCAAGGGCCGGUUCAACGAGAAGGGCCAGGAAAAUGUGACGGACUCGAGCCGCUUCUACGACUUGGAGACGGCCAACCAGGUGCGGGAGAUGGCCCUCCCUGAAGCGGCCCACCGCAUCAACGGCGUAAUGCUGGACAAGUCCCCUCUUAUCGAUACCAUCAACCAAGGUGAAGUGACGGCGUUGCAAGCUCGAUGGAAGGCCUUGAAAACCCAAAAUGCUCCUCUGAAUGAGAUCGCGGCCGCCAAACUCGACGCUCAGAAUGUUCAGGCGGCGCUGUCUGUCAAGCAGCAACGCGCCAACGUGGUGGAGAUGAAUCGUCGACUCAACAAAUUGCGCACAUCAAGUAAAGCUACACCAGAGAAGAUUCAGGCUGCGGAGCUCAAAGUCAGGACCGCACACAAGUCGUUCGAUCAAGUCGUGGGGGUCUAUCUGGGGCAGGUAGAAGUGAACGUCCCCACGUCCCGAGGCUGCGGAUACGGCUACCGCAAGGACAACAAGGUCACGAGGGAGUUCAGCAUCCGAGGCGCCACGAGCUUCUUCAGAGGCGCCGGCAGCUCGGACGGAUCGAUUGUCUGGAGGGAGGUCACCUCGUACCCGAAUAGCGUCAAGCCAAGCUACGGUCAAAGUUGGUUUGCUGGCGACCGGAUGAACCGCCGACAGGUCGCGCGAAACGUACUUACACAGCGGAACGCAGCGCAGCGUUCCAACCGUGAACAAGAGGAAGAACUCCUGGUGGGCGCCUAA